CCCCGCAAGGCUGUGCCCGUCAGGACGCUAGGGGCGGGGGCCUGGAACAGGAUAAUCAUGUCUAAAUCGACCGUCUGUUCUCCUCACUAACCUUGCCCAAACAACAUGAUCACUGUUUACACCAUACCAAUGCUGUCCUUAAUGGACACUUCGGACUUUUGCCGUUAGGGGCCCUUCGCCUUUUUUCCGAUGUGAUGGCUAGAAAGGGGUCGACCAAGGUCAGAACAGGCUGUCUUACCUGCAAGAUACGAAAGGUAAAGUGUGACGAGGCUGAACCCUGUUGCAAAAGGUGUACUAGUACGGGACGGAAAUGUGAUGGCUACCCCCAGACGCGACUCGAUCUCUCAUUGCAUGAACCAAUCCAUCUGAACAUGACGGACAGCUCUGGUGAUGAGGUCAGGGCCUUGGCCUUCUUCCGCCAGAUGGCUGGUCCGGCCCUCUCUGGUCACUCUGAAUCCUACUUCUGGACGAAUGUCGUAAUGCAGCUCAGCCACCACAAGCCUGCGGUCAGACAUGCGGUGCUCGCAGUCAGCUCGCUCUAUGAACAGUUUCAAGAAGUGUCAAAAUCAACGAACGUUGCUUCAACAAAUCUCUUCGCCUUGCGUCACUACAAUGCAGCGAUCAAGGAGUUGCGCUUGGCUCGAGAUGAGACAGUGGUGCUGGUCGUGUGCGCCCUCUUCAUCUGCGUCGAGUCCUUACAAGGAAAUCACCAAUCAGCCAUUGAACAUUGCCGGAGCGGCAUCCUGGUCUUCAACAAGGCUGACUCGUUGACGGUGUGGGCUCGAGAUCACCUUUUGGCUGUUUUCUGUCGCAUGGGUGUCUUUCCUUUCUUCUUUGGAUGCGAUGCGUCUUCAUUUCCUUGCGUGGCCGGCCUGAUACCCGGAUCUUCAGCUCCUUUCUCCAGUAUCAUGGAUGCACAAUCUUCUCUCGACCUAAUUCUUUCUGCAUCGAUCAGGUUCGUUCGGUGCAGUGACAAGUAUAGGCUGGGAGAAUUGCGGCAGAGCAGCAUCCCUGAAUCGAUGAGGGAAAAGCAAGACAGCCUCGUGAAGUCUCUGGAUAAGUGGCAAUGCGCCUUCUCGAAUUCCAGGAAAGAGUCAGGCAGCGACUUAUUAACAUGUUGUCUCCUUCAGAUGAAAGCUCUCGUGGUUCAGAUUUGGGUCAACGUGGCUCUAGAACAAAGCGAGAUGGCCUAUGAUCAGUAUGUCGACAGGUUCCAGUCAAUCAUAGACCUUGCAUCUCAGGCGGCGCUGUCAAGAUCUCAACAGUCAAGACCUCGUCCUUCAUUCAUAUUCGACAUGGGAUUUACGCCUCUUCUGUACUUUGCUGCGAUGAAAUGCCGGGAUCUAUCAAUCCGUCUUGUGGCCCUGUCAUUCAUGACGACACUGGGGGUCGCUCGCGAGACUCUCUGGGAUCUGAGCACCAUGUAUCGUGUGGCCCGGCGCCUGAUUGAGAUUGAGCACGAUAUUGAUCUGGACUCUCCACAGAACCCUCUUCCGAGACAUAUUGUCCUUGAAGAGAGACGUGUUAAGGAGGUUUUGCUUCGUGACUUGGAGUUUAGACGAGAUGAACAUGGCUGUAAACAGCUUUGGGCGCACAUGCAUUCCAUUGUCUGGAGACCUAUCGAUGAAUUGGUAACGCAAAGCGAAUGGAUUACCCUCUCCUGAGACGAAUUCACCAUGACUACGCGGCUUCCAAGUGACAUUAUAAGUCCUAAUCUUGGACCCAACGAUUGGGCCUGGGCCAGGCAGUGCUGUGUCAAGCCUUCGCGAUGCCCGAGUCACUGAUUGGCCGCCUCGGACUCUCAGGCAGGUCUGACCCACUUUCGUGGCUUGUCACUACGACAGGCGCGCUUUACAC